AUGAACUUAGAACAAAUAUCUGAGGCUGAUGAAGAUGACUUUGAUGAUCGUCCUUUUGCUGUAGGACCCAGAAGUGGUGUUGAUGAUGGACUACUGCCAAAUGGUGGCAGCGGUGGUGGUGGUGAUGCGAGUCAUGGUGUGGCCGACAGAAAACCCGAAAGACCUUCAAGACGUCCUAGUUUUAGUUUUCCCGGCUACGAUGGACCCGGUUUUGUAACAAUCAAUGGUGUGGAUACCCCCAUACCUGAUGUCAAUGCCUAUCAACACAAGAAAACCUUGGCUCAGGGUAUGAUGGAUUUGGCCUUAUUAUCGGCAAAUGCCAAUCAAUUGCGUUAUGUUUUGGAAUCAUAUGGUCGCCAUCCAUAUUAUUAUCCCAGUUUGGUAUUCAUUUCAUUGAGUAUUGUAUUUCAGAUUGCCGUAGGCGUUGGCCUAAUUCUGAAUAGUAAAUACAAUAUUAAAAAUGAGCGGGACAUUUGCCGGGCAAAUAAAAUCAAUAAUUAUACGGUUAUUGGAAUUUUUGUUGUAACGGUGGUAAAUGUUUUCAUAUCGGCCUUUGGAGUUGCAGAACCCGCGGAACGAAGUACUUGA